GUGUGUGUGUGUGUGUACGUACGUAGAUGAUUGAUAUCAACGUCAGGUCAAUACGACGGAUAUAGAAAGAGAAAGAUCUGCCGGUAAAAUUGACCUAUCUGUAACUAAAUUCAUGCGAUUUUUUACCGAAAGGCAGUUAAAUAAGUUUCUUGUUCCGAAUCACGCAUGUUUCCGCGAAGGAAUGCUUGGAAAGGCAAGGAUCAAGCAACGGUGGAAUCGAGAGGAUGCAUGACGCUAAAUGAAAAUAUAGUACGAACGGCCAAUGUCCAUCGAUGGAACGUAAGAGUCAAUCGAUUCGUGCUGAGUCGACUAAGUGCGUGAGUGAACGAAGGAGUGAGAGAGAGAGAGAGAGAGAGAGAGAGAGAGAGAGGGAGGGAGGAAGAGAGAGAGCGAGGGGGAGAGGGAGAAAGAGAAAGAGAAUCGAUGGUUACGCAAGACGAAAGUAAUUCUAUGGAGAAGAGCGAGGAAGGACGCUAAAGAUGAGGUGGAGAUGGAGGAGGAGAAGGGCAUAUGUGCAGAGAACUGAGGCAAUGUCAUCGAACUUACAUAAUAUGUAUGUACGUGUAUCGUCUUACUUCAAUUUACAUUUACCUAUGGUCCGAUGCAACGUACAUCUGGGUCAUAUAGUUUUGCUCUCGUCGAAAAGAUGCCCAACCAUUCUAUGCCCAGUCCGAGCUCUGCCAAGACAAGAGAAAACAAAUUGACUUUUCAUUUUUCUGUUCGCGAAACCUAUACAUAUAUCUAUAUUUCUUCGGCUUUGCCUAAUCUUACUUGUUUGUCUUUAUCAAUGAAUCGUAACAAUUGAAAAAGAUGAAAAUCUCUUUUGAGAGAUGUUUUUAAGGAAGCUACGAAAGUGUUUUUCCAAAAGGAUGACUUAAGGCGCGGCGGCACUCGGACAUUCUUUUCGCGAGGGAUGGUACGAGCGAUGGCCAGGUGAGAGGUAGAAAGCGAGGAAGAAAGGUAAGAGGUACGAAGAAGACUCGGGAAGGAACGAUCAUUGAGAGACAGUGCAUCGGGUGCUUCACGGUGGACGGACGAUGUCGGUCCUACGAGACUUUUGAGACGCAUGUAACGUCGCGCAAAAAUGCCGAUCAUCCAGCCUCUUCUGUUUAUUCUAGAGUAAGAAAAAAAAAAAAGAAAAAGAAGAAGGAAUACGAAGAGAUCGAGAAAAGCUAACAGAUCGUAGAAAUAUCGACGGACAAAUAAUCUCGUCACCAUCGUCUUGUGCAACGUUCAUGGUAAUCUUGAGCAUGAGGUCCCACGGAGAAGCUUCUUGUCGCGUAGGGCGAUCGAUGGCACCAGAGGAAGAAAGUACUUCGAUCCCGAGGAAGAGGGUAGCUUCGAUAGCUAUGGAUCUGCCGGUGGACAAUAUGAUCGAUAUAAAGAUAAACAAGAUCACAGUGACAUCAGGAUGAAUGUACCAGGAGAACCUGGUACCGACUAUCCAGCUUAUACGACGCUACCGCAGACAGGUUUCUCGUGCGAAGGACGUUCACGCGGUAAGUCGCGGUUAUUACGCGGACGAAGUAGCUGGAUGUCAAGUAUUUCACGUUUGUCACGACAUUUUGAUCUCCUCGUUCUUGUGCCCGAUCGGAUCCAUCUUCAGUCAGAAACUCCUCACCUGCGACUGGUGGAGCAAAGUAGACUGUUCGACAACCCGCAAAUUCAUUGAAAUAAAUCGCGAUGGUCAUUAUCAGGAAGACGACGACGAACUGAUACGCAAAGCUUACGGUAUGAUGGGCCUGCAAACUGGAACGGACGUUGCCGGUGACGAAUUAGUGGAUCCUGAUAGAGGAGGUAGGAUCAUUGACUACAUUACGAUCGAUUCCACGGGGAACGAUUUGCCAGCUUAUCGCAAUGAUCUUCAACGAACGAAAACACCUCAAUUUCUCUCGAUUUACGACGAACAUUCGGAAAGAUCAAGCCCACCGACCUAUCCUAAUACAUUUUAUAGUAAAAAUUAUCAUACUCGACCGUAUCAGGAUUCACAUAUAAUACGUAUCGAAAAAAUUGGAGAAGAGAAUUAUCGAGAACCACUGAGAUACAAUUAUCAAGAUAUUCGCGACAAAUCAGGAAAAAGGAUCGAUGAGUUUCAGCCGUCGUAUGCGCCGACCGUACCGACCGUCACUACUACCACGAGAAGAUUGUAUUCGCCUACGAUACCGACGACCUACAGACCUUCUACCUUAGUUUAUAACAGGUUCGAUCAAGCCAUCGAAAGUUCCGAUCAUCUUUACGCACACAGCCAGGAAUCUAGAAACAUCUUCACGCUAUCCACUCCUUCUAAUAAGAACUCGAAAGGAAAGUACAACGAUGGUAAUUCGCAAGGCGAAGUAAACGAUAAAGAAGAGCUGGAUCACGAUCGCUUAAAGGAUGACCCCGUGGAUAGCUACGAACAUGUUAAACCUAUCGAUUCACCGGAGGAACAAUUUCAAAUUCGUCCAACUUUCGUUGAAGAAGAAUAUAACGAUGGCAUUGAAAUAAAAGAAAGUAUUGACAUUGGUCGAGCUUCGAAUGCAUCAAACAAAUUCAGGAUUCACGUGCGAGAUCCCAAAGACAAUGUGAAGGAUAAAAACGAAAAUGAUUCUUCGGCUUUACGCUUGAAUGGAACCGAAUCGCUUGGGAGUAGCGAAGAAUCGGUCGAUCAGUGGCAUACUGAAACGACCGAUACUCUUGAUUAUGCAAGUAUUUUCGAAAAAGAUACUACUACUCCUAUCAUCGAAUAUUUAUCGCGCUUCAAGUUGGAAGAGAAUAAUACAGAAAUAGGAGAAUCAUCGACUAGUUUGUCAUACGAGGAAAAUUUAACGUCAACGGAAACAACAACAAUACCAUUAGAUAAGAAACUGUAUACUACGGAAAAGUCACGGAUCUUUAACGAUGACGAUUCCGAGAGUGGAACGAAUAUCGAUUCGGCCAUAUUACAACCUGACAUCGUUUUAAAACCACCAAUUUUUACCGAAGGAAACUUUCGGAUAAACGUUCCAGAUUAUCUUUCUACUCAAAUACCCAUUUUUCAUACGUCGCAUCGUAGAACGUACGCAUCGGAAGUACAAACUAGCACGGAAGUUCCAAUAGAUGAUGGCUUGGUUAAAAGAACGAACGUAUCGGUACCUUGGUUCCACCGUACUACUGAUCCUCCGGCAAGAGACAUAGAGCCACCGUUUGUCGUUUCUAAGGAUAAUAUCGACGAGAUCGUCACGCAGAGUUCUAUAUUCGAUAUGAUUGUCCAAGACGUACCAACGCAAGAUACGAAUAUUUAUUCUCGAGGCGAGAAAGUGGACGGGAAAGUGGACGAUAAAAUUCGAAGAAAUUCGAGGGAGCAGGAAAAAGUGAAAUUUUUUAACGAAACUAUAGAAAUUUUCGAAAGAGACGCUCGACCAACAAUCGUCGACUCCUCGACAAGUCUAAGAUAUAUAGAAGAUGCGAUCGAACGGAACAAUUCUCCUUAUCAAGUAUCCGUGACCCUGAAUAAAAAAAAGAACGAAUCGGUGCCAAUCAAAGAUGACUUGGUUAUUAGCUUAAUCGAACAACACGAGAGAAAUAGUUCUAGUUCUGAUAGAUUAGGAGGUCAAGUCGAAAUCGUCAAAUCUAUCGAAGGGAUUACUGAGACUGGCAAUAAUGAUUUUUCGCGUACUAACAAUAACAAUAAAAUACUUUCUUCGAACGAUACAAUUAAUUUAUCGAGCAAUCAAAAGAAGGUAGAAAGCAGCAUUGAUUCGAGUAACGUAAACGCUUUGAGUCUUCUACAGUUAAUGGCAGAAUUACUUAAAAUCGAUCAUAUCCCUCGACCUUUCUCCUUGAAUAACUUUCAAGGUGUAAAAUCGAAUCUGGGAUCUAAUUUGGAUAAAAAAGAAUUGUCCAUUACGACGAUUAAAUCCGUUCACAAUAGUUUGCAAAGAGAGAGAAUCCUUGAGAGUUUACCUUUCAAUAGCGAUAAGGAAAAUGUUAUGCCACGACCGCGGGAUAUUUUUGAUGGAACGAUUAAUCCACAAAGUCCUUCGAAAGAUCAAACUUUAGAUAAAUUGAGCAACAAGUAUGAUCGGUCUUUAAACGAUACAGAGAAUCGGUUGCCAAUUUAUCAAUUACCUCAAAUACAGAGGUCUUUAGAUUUCGAGGUAUCUAAGGAAUUUUUUAACUCUUCGACGAUCAUGCCACCUUCUACGACGUCGUUUCCAAGAACAACCAAUGUUAUCGAAUCUACUAAAACUGUCGUGGAAACCGAAUUUGUUCCUUCAAUAGGAUUUUCUUUCGAUACGAACGAAGGCCGAAAAAAAUACAUCGAAGCUAUUCUUGGCGGUUUAUUGAACGAAUCGAUUCACGAAAACACCACGAACAAAUCGUUUAGCGUGGAGUCGAUCGAAGGAUCGUCUGACAAUUAGUCAAGUCGAUUUUGAUCGACGCAAAUUUUUACUAACCAUUAUACGCGUUAUUUCCAAAAACUCUGUUACUCCCUCUCUCUCUCUCUCUCUCUCUGUUGAAUGCGAUACUCAAUGGUAUCCCUCGCAUUUUAUUCUUCUUCUUGUUUUUCUUACGUAUUUUUUUAUUUUUUUUAACAUCAGUCCUUCUACGUAUCAUGGAUAUGUACGUAUUUUGAACACGUGAACGUUUAUAAAUGUAAUUUCAAGAUAUUCGACGAUAGUUCUAUAUUUGUAAAUAAUUCCAUAUCUGUACAAUUUUAAUCUGUGCAGUUACAAUGUAAUAAUAUGUAAUUACAAGGAAACAUUUUCAAUAUAUGCGAAGAAAAAGUUUUCUUCGGUAUACAAUUUUA